UGUAACAGGAAGUGACGCUACAAUCCUGCCGGAAGUAUCCUCGGUCCUUGCCAGCGGAGCAGAAGAAGGGGAAGUAGUCAAGUAGCAUUAGCAUCAGCAGGUAGCAGAUAUCUGGAGCAGAGCCUGCGGAUUAAAGUUCACACAUCACUGCUGCCGUGUGAUGCAGAGUCAUGUCUGUGCAGGCGGUGCUGCAGCAGAGGAUCAGCUCUGCUCAGGCGUUGCUGCAGCGGGCCGAGCAGCUGUGUCAGGGUGUGGAGGGUCACCAGAAGCUCUGUGGUAAACUGCGAGCCGAGCUGCGCUUCCUGAGGCGGGUGGAAGCCGGAGAGCUGCAGGUCAAAGAGUCUCACCUGCACAGCACCAACCUGACUCACCUGACGGCCAUCGUGGAGUCAGCUGAGAGUCUGGAUGACGUGGUGGCUCUGCUGCACGUCUUCACCUACCAGGACACCUCCGGCCACCGGCAGACUCUGGUGGUGGACGUGGUGGCUAACGGGGGACACACCUGGGUGAAGGCGGUCGGGAGGAAGGCAGAGGCUCUGCACAACAUCUGGCAGGGGCGGGGUCAGUACGGAGACAAGAGCAUCAUCAGACAGGCGGAGGACUUCCUUCAGGCCAGCCGCCAGCAGCCCGUCCAUUACCGACACCCCCACAUUGUCUUCGCAUUCUACAACGGGGUCUCCUGCCCCAUGGCGGACCACCUCAGGGACAUGGGCGUCUCCGUCCGCGGGGACAUUGUCGCAGUCAACAUUGUGGUGACAGAGGGAGGCAGUGAUGAAGAUGAGGAGGAAGAGGAGGCAGCUGAAGAUAACCAUGAAGAGCAGGAGGAGGAAGCUUCUGAGCUGACCCGGGUGGACCGCGGCACGGUGGUGGCCAGCUUAGCGUUUCCUGCCCAGGUGCAGGUGGAGGAGUGUCGACGGGUGAACCUGGACAUCACCACACUCAUCACGUACGUGUCAUCGCUUAGUCACGGUGGCUGUCACUUCACCUUCAGGGAGCCUGUGCUGACGGAGCAGGCAGCCCAAGAGCGCCGCCUGCAGGUGCUGCCACAGCUUGAUGCUCUCAUGGCGGGUAAGGAGCUGUUCGCCUGUCGCGCCGCUGUCACUGACUUCCAGCUGAUCCUGGACACGUUAGGGGGGCCGGGUGAGAAGGAGCGCGCUCAGAAGCUGCUGGCCCGCCUCCACCUGGUCGAUGACCAGCCGUCUGAGCGAACGCUGCGCCUCACACCCAGUGCCAAGGUCAACCAGCGCUCGCUCACAAUUUUCGGCACGGGAGACUCGCUGAGAGCCGUUACCAUGACAGCAAAUAGUCGAUUUGUAAGGGCGGCAGCCAAUCAGGGCGUCCGAUACAGUGUGUUCAUCCACCAGCCACGAGCUCUGACCGAGGGCAAGGAGUGGAGGGCCACGCCGGUCUGAGACGGAGAGACUUCCUGUGCACGGGCUGAUGGGAGUUUGAGUUUUGAGUUAAAUGCGCUGAUGUAAAUAUGAACGUCAGCAGCUGACUCAUGUUAUUUGUGUUCAUUAUUUCAGAGUCUAUAUUCACCAAUCAAUAAAGCAUCACAGUAA